AUGGCCAACGCACGGUCUGGGUAUAACUUGAUGGAGGCAUCUAUGAAAAUGCAGACUGUGGCGAGCCUCCCUCCUAGCCGGGCUGCAUAUCUAAAACGUGUGGUAAAAAAUGGUUAUCCUGUGCCAGAGCAGGCAAUUCAUUUUGCCCCUCAAGAGUUAAUUGAACCUCCCACCAAGAGGUUAUGCACUUCAGAAAUUUCCACAUCAGCCUCCAUCCCUGACCCUCCAUAUCAAUUGCACAACCCCAACAACCAUAAUCUGGCACACGACGUGCAGAACGCCAUGCAGAAUACUAGUAUGGAUGGUUCGUUCGGGGAUUCGCACCCAAGUGGCGCCAGCAACACACCCAUCGCAUCGACGAUAGCCACAUCUAUAACCUCUUGUGACCCCUUUCUGUCGAAUUCCCCCCCAAUCACACCCACCCAAACCAAAUCAUCGCCUUCCUUCCCCUACGGUGUCCAGGCACUGGAUAGCAACAUGAUUGAUCGCUCCAAGUGCCGGCCUCGCUCCUCUAUCCCAUCCAAUAUGAAACCCGAAACGUACGGCCGACAAUGCAUCGCAUCGGCCUAUGCAUCACGACUUAACCCAUUUGCACUCCAUCCCAAAGAACAAGCAGCCUUAGAAAAUGAUCUCUGUCAUAACCAUGUCACACUCUAUCUCAACAUCCGCAACGGUAUUCUGCGUCUUUGGACUCGAAAUCCCAUGGUAAGCGUCAGUCGAGACGAAGCGCUAGGCUGCGCCAAGGAGUACAGAUGGAUGAAUCUGGCAUCAUUCGCGUAUGAAUGGUUGGUCCUUCAUGGAUACAUAAACCACGGCUGUGUCGAAGUUCCCCUUCCCUUUGUAACCCGUCGCCGGGGGCGCCGACGAGAAGGACCGGUUAUCGUGGUUAUCGGUGGUGACGCGGAUACAAACCCGCAUGUCAUUGUGCUUGAGGGCCGUCGACGGAUCGGUGGACGGAUUUACUCGCAUCCAUUGUACAGUCUGGACUCGGAGGAUUUGCCGGAAGGACUCGUCCCCAAGGCUGAAAUGGGGGCUCAAAUUAUUGUGGGUUUCGAUCGUGGAAAUCCACUCGAUCAGGUUAUCCGCAGCCAGCUGGGCUUGCACUACCAUUUGCUCCGGGAUCUGUCGACUAUUUAUGAUUCUGACGGCACGCCUGUGCACGAGGUGCAGGAUGCAAUGGAUCAGAAGCUUUACAACGAUGUGUUAGAUCGAUCGGGGUUCUAUCGCCACAAAGCUCUUGUCAAGCCUGCAGCGGAAGGUGACCGGGACAUGAUCGAAGACGGGCGUGAAUCGACCACGGAUACCGGUAUUUCGAUAAAGGUCUACGAAGAUGCACGCGCCGCAGGGACUACGCACCUGUUAGUUCCGACCAAACGAGUACGUCGUCGGCGAGGGGUGGGACAUAAAACCACAGAGAACAGACCGAUCAUUGUUGAUGCAGGUGACGACGUCGGGCACUCAAAAGAGCAGCCAGCAGCCCUGACUUGCCAGAACACCGGGUGGGAGUUAAACCCGGGUGUCUCUGAGGAAGACACUAUUGAGCUUGAUGGGAUUGCAAGUGCGAGGCCGAGACAAACUUUGGGUAGGGUAAUGGAUGAAGGUGUGAAGCAAUACCAGCAUAUGCUGCCUUUAACACCCAAGGAUAUGCGACUCCUCAAUUGGCAUUUUGCCAACCUUGAAUAUGCCAACGCUACGAACAUCAACAACCUUAGUCUUUCGGGCUGGGAUCAAGACAUUGGUAAUGAAUUUGAAGGAGAACACUCGCAAGUCAUCGGUGGCUACUCACAACUACCGUUUGGACUGUACACACUGCCUUACAAGCUUGAUGUUCGCACCAACAAGGUCGUGCAGAGCAUUUCCUAUGAUCCUUCGGAAACUGACCAUCGGAAAGCAAGUAUCCACUGUGAAGAUGGAGAGCAAUUUUUAGCGGACCACGUCGUAUAUACAGGAUCUCUCGGUACUCUCAAGCGCCGGACUAUCCAGUUCAACCCACCUCUCCCAGACUGGAAGCUCGGCGCGAUUGACCGACUGGGGUUCGGAGUCAUGAACAAGGUUGUCUUGGUGUUCGAAGAGCCUUUCUGGGAUACAGAGCGUGAUAUGUUUGGUCUUCUUCGAGAACCGGAUGACCGGAGUAGCAUGAUCCAAGAGGAUUAUGCCAAGAACCGGGGCCGGUUCUAUCUCUUCUGGAACUGCAUGAAGACCACUGGAUUGCCCGUACUUAUCGCCCUCAUGGCAGGUGAUGCCGCUCACCAGGCCGAACAAACCCCCGACCAUGAGAUACUCUGCGAGGUCAUCUCUCAGCUCCGGAAUGUUUUCAAACAUACCAGAGUUCCAGAUCCUCUGGAGACAAUCAUCACUCGCUGGGCUUCGGAUAAAUUUACCUUCGGAAGCUACUCCUAUGUAGCCGCCGAUGCACUACCUGCAGAUUACGACCUGAUGGCCCGCAAUAUCGGCAACCUUCACUUCGCCGGCGAAGCGACCUGCGGCACCCACCCAGCUACCGUACACGGGGCAUACCUCUCCGGCCAACGUGCUGCAGCCGAAAUAAUCGAGUCGCUCUUUGGGCCCAUCGAGCUUCCCAAGCCCCUCAUUCCCGAGAAAUCCGUGAGUACAACCGCCACACCAACCGAAGGCAGAAAGAACGACAGAUCUCCAAAACCCUCCACCGAAACCACCACCCAGCCGUCCAGCACUCCAUCCCACCAACCUUCAAACGACAAAGCCAAGAAGGCCGCCUACGAGCAAGCCUACUGGGCCGUUAUCUACGAGAGACUCGGACCGCAGCCCAUUCGGCCCGCAAAAGCAGGCUUGAACCCUUUCCUUAUGUACCAGAAAGACUACUGGACAAAGUGUCGUGAGCAAUGCGACGAAGCACUCCAGGCAACCAAGCCGGGCGCCAAAGCAGCCCGCGACGAGGUGCGCCACGCACUGGGCCAGAUGUGGCGCAAUGCCUCCGCGGAGGAGAAACAGCCUUACCUUGACCAGGUCGAGGCUAAUCGCCGGCUCAAUGAAACGCAGCUUGAGGAAUGGAGGGUUGCGGCGGAGAAUUGGGAUAGGCUAUCGUUUGUGGUGAGGGAUCAGUGGUGCGAGGAGAACCCGUAUGAGCAGUGGGAGGUGCCAGGUCCUCAGUGA